AUGUUAAACGACACUCGACUGCCGAUCCACGGAUUCGUCAACGUUCCAGUUAUGAGAGUUCUCAAUUACUUGUGCCUCGUUCUGUUGAAUCAAGUGACGAACUAUGGAGGAUACGCGAAGCGAGUACACCUAAGGAUCGUGGUCCCGGACGUGAUCAACCAUCGCGUGCACACGCGGACCGUUCUCCUUCAUCUCCACGUGCCGGUUCCGAAGAAACCGCCGCCGAAGAACCACCACAAGCAUGAAUAUCACACGAACUGGAGUUCCUGGAGGUACGGACGGUACCAUGAUUAUGAACACGAGGGGGAGCCUGAAUUGGACCACGAGGAUCAUCACAUGGACGAGAAGGAGAAACCGAAGCGCCGGCAAAAGUAUUUUCCCGUUACCGAUUAUCACAGGGGUUCGUACUCACCGUCGUACGUCGACGACAAUGACAAUAACGUGGAGGAGAAGGAGCGCGAUUCUUAUGCGGUCCAUGAAGACGUGAACGACAUACCUCCGAACACCGAGACCAUGUCUUACAACUACGAAGAGGGAUAUAAGAAAGGCCUGGAGACGGAAAGCGGGCACUUAAAAUCGGAUCAGAUGCAUAAAUUUCACGAGGACCUGCGCGAGGAAGAGGGCGACGCGGAGGGCGGAGGAUUCAAAGAGGAUUUUCGGAUGAAAACCGACGCCGGGAGAUACAUCGUGGACGACGCGGAGUACGAGAACACCAGAGACAAGCGUGAACGAGCGAGAUCUAAAACCUAA